CAAGAUGGGUGAGCAGCUCAGGUCAGUGCUGGCAGCUCUGAAACUGUGUGACCCUCAGCACACUGGAUACGUCGCCCAGGAAGAACUGAAGAAGGUCUUAAGCUGCCACAGCAUGCCCCUAUCAGACACACACUUCAACAAGCUCUGUGAGACCUCCAAGUUGGUUUAUUACCCUGGCUUUCUCCGAAACCUGGGAGGACCAUUAACAGAUGAAACACACACAUCCUCAUCCCGAGAGAAGAGUUACCAGGAGAGGCUAUGCACAUCGCCUCAGUCGCCCCUGCAAUCAGUCAGGGGACAGCGGUCUCCCUCCAGCCCUGGUGUCAGUGCAGACUCCUGCAACAUUGUUGACAUUGUUUUCCAGAAGAUGAGAAUAAGGUUAGAGCAACGCAAAAGCAGCCUGAUUGCCCGCAUCCAGGCCAUCACCUACAGCUCUGAUGGGACGCUGUCAGAGGCAGAUGUCCAGAAGAUACUAGAGGAUAGCUGGAUCAUCUUGGACGAAAAGACUUUGCACAAGUUCACUGAACAGCUGGGCUUCAGGGACGGACGGAUUGCGAGCUCGUUGUUCCUGGUGAAGUACGAGGAGGCCACAGCCAACAACUGGCAGCAGUGCUCUGGGGGUCAUGGUGAUGAAGAUGAGGUCGCUCCCUUGCUUACUUCAGCUGAGCAGUGCCUGGCUGCCAUGAAGACCAGCAUCAAGAUAAUCCAUGGGGACUACCUGACUGCGUUCCGACUGAUGGACAGGAAACGUAAAGGCGUGGUCGACUGCAGUGAUUUCAAAAGGCUGUACAGCAGCUUGGGAUUUUUCUGCAAGGAGGCAGAGUAUCAGCGACUGCUUGAUCUGAUGGGCCUGCAUCCCGGGGGCAACCUCAACUACGCAGAAUUUGUCCAUGUUGUUGAAAACAAUGGCAAACGCAAACAAAGGACACAAUCAGCAUGUGUACUAGAGCAGCUCCAUGAACUGCUGGCCUGUGAAGCUCGCUACAAGUGGGCAGACAUGUCUAAGGUGCUGUGCCAGUUUGACACAGAUGGUCAGGGUUGGAUCCAUAAAAAGAGCUUGAGGAGACUCCUCUUCACCUAUGCUCUCCCCAUGGGGUAUGAAGAGUUUGACCAGCUCUGGUCGAGGUAUGACCCAGAGUGCCGGGGCUGUGUGGCAGUUUGUGACUUUUUGGAAAAGCUGGGGUUUCAUCAUGAAGGGGAUCUCGGGCCUCGGAGCCAGAAGCUCAACAAAGCUGUUGUCCAGGAGGACGCUGACAGACCAGUGUCCUCUGACGCUGCAUCACUCGACUGCAUUGAACAGAUUGUGCAGGAGAACUACAAGGGGUUGAGCAAAUCCCUGACUCACCUGGAAACGAGUAGAGAUGGCACAGUGACAGUGGAGGAGCUGCUGCGCCUGUUACAAACCUACAGCUACUCUGUCCGGAGAGAGCAGCUUGUAAAUUACCUGCGCAGGCUUGAGGUUCCCAUGGAUGAUAAUGGUGAGAGGCUAUCUUACAUGGACUUCCUGUCUGAGUUUGACCCUAAAGCAGAGAAGAGGUCUGAGCGUCCUCCUUCUUCUCCUGUUGCUGCAUGCCGGAUAGAGUCUUUGGACAGCCUCAGUCCAGGCCUGGCUCUGACUAGGAUGCAAGAACUAGUAACUGCGUCAGCACCUAAUCUGUAUAAGGCAUUCUUGGCCUUUGACCAGAGUGGGACAGGGACCGUCAAAGCUUUGGAAUUUCGCCAGGUGCUGGAGAACUUUUGUGCCCGUCUGUCAGACAAACAGUACAGAUACAUGCUGACCAAACUGCAGCUGGAUCAAGAGAACUGUGCUGUUAACUGGAAGGAUUUCCUCAACAAGUUCCAGUCACAGAGCCCACUGCGGUGACUUGUAUAAAAUCGCCAAAGAGCUCAUGGAUCUUGACUCUUCCAACAGCACUACAAUCUCUAAAGGGCAGUUCAGACAGCUGUGUGAUCACCACUGCCUGAGACUCACCAAGGAUCAGGUGAGAAACUGUUUGCUUAAAUUCCAGUCAAUGAUAAUUCAGAGAAUUCUAGCCGUUCAAGAGAACAAGCACAUCUUCAACAACUCUUCCAGUGUUUUCAAGCUGAAACAACACAUACUGGCAUCUGCCCAUGGUUACAAAUGA